AUGAAGUACUGGGUCGCUGCUAGCCUGCUAUGCGCAGGGGUCGCCGCCAAGACUAUCGAGAUCAACGUCGCCAGCAUCCCGCUCUCCUUCUUGCCCGAUCAGAUCGCCGCCGACGUCGGCGACGUGCUCGAGUUUCACUUCUACCCGCAAAACCACAGCGUUGUGGCGGGCGAAUACGGCGCGCCCUGUUCUCCUCUCGACGACGGCGGGUUCUUCUCGGGGUUCGUGCCUGAGGAGGUCUUCACGGUCCUUGUCAACGACACAGAGCCCAUCUUCUUCUACUGCAGCCAGGGGCAGCACUGUGCCAUGGGCAUGGUGGGGGUGGUGAACCCGACGAUCAACCAGACACUCUUGGUGUAUACCCAGAGCGCCGUGGGGCGGAACUCGUCUUCACCCGCCGAGGCGUUUGGGGGCGAGCUCGGGACGGCUUCGUCUGCGAAUGACACGGCUGGCAACGGCUCCGGGGAGGCAAUCCCCUCGGGCGGGGCAGAAUCGACUGGUGGGAGUGCGCGUGAGGGCAGCAACAGCUUGGCCAGCUCAGUGCACUUCUCUAGGAUGAGUGUUCUUGGGUCUCUCGGGGUGGCGUUGCUCUUGGCGGGCAGCGUCUAA